AGCAAAAGAGUACCAGUUUGAUAGUCGGGUAACUCUAGUUCAUACGAAAUUGUGGACGGUGAUGAACGGUGAUGGUGUGCCACAUGUCCUACUUGAGUGGAUUGGACCAUUCAUCAUGUGGUGUACAAAGGUGGAGGGACAACAUAUUUAGAUUUUGCAGUUAACCCAUCUGGGACGUUUUCCCUAUCGAUUUGAACACUAGCCAAAACUGUCCAAAUACUUCUCUGAUCGUCCAUUUUAGUUACGGAUCAAACGGUUAAUAUUGUCUAUCCAUUGUGGCAUCCCCCCGACGAACGGUAUGGAUCAUGAAUCACGCUCCACGUAUCCGAUUUUAUUGUUGCAACAUGUAAAUUACACAUGUAACCCCAGGAAGAAAGGCCGAAAACCCCGGAAAAAAAACGAGCGGACCAAAAGACCCGAAACAGAGGAAACCCAGCAAUGCUGCUUAAACCCAUGCUCUCUCUGUCGCCGCUACGGUGCGCCGGGGGCACUCUGCUCCCAUCCUGCUUAAUAGCCAAAAAGCGCUUUUCGUCUUCUCCCUCCGUACGAUGCCGGUGGACAGGCCUCCAAACGUGGAGAGAGAGCUCUCUCAACGAAAACAGGGGAUGGGGAUCUAACGGCCCAGAACCACCCUCAUCCGCAAAUUGCGGCGACAAUCCAAGGGACACCAUCCCUUCUCUUGCAGAAUGGGGAACCCUAAUUCUCUCCACCAGCGAUCCUCUCACCAAAUCCAGGCUCUCCCAUCUCGCCUACACCAGAUAUCGCCUCGAUAAUCUCCCCGUCGGCGUUUCUCAACCGCCGGAUCGACCCGCCCGCCCUCCCAAACCUCCUUUGGUUUCUCCAAAAGAAAUACCUGCUCCCAAAAACUCGGGUUUCCCACUCAAUGCAUAUAUGCUUCAUAAUCUUGCACAUGUGGAGCUGAAUGCUAUAGAUUUGGCAUGGGAUACAGUAGUCCGGUUUUCUCCAUUCAGGGAAGCUCUUGGGGAUGAAUUCUUUUCUGAUUUCGCCCAUGUUGCUGACGAUGAGAGCCGCCAUUUUGGUUGGUGCUCACAAAGACUAGCUGAGCUUGGGUUCAACUAUGGAGAUAUGCCUGCCCAUAAUUUGCUCUGGAGGGAGUGCGAAAGAUCAUCUGGGAGCGUUGCUGCACGUUUAGCGGUGAUUCCAUUGGUUCAGGUAGCCAGAGGGCUUGAUGCAGGGCCUAGGCUCAUCCAAAAAUUGAUUGGCUUUGGAGAUCACAGGACAUCAGACAUUGUUGCUAAGAUUGCCGAUGAAGAAGUUGCUCAUGUGGCAGUUGGUGUCUUUUGGUUCCUCUCAGUCUGCCAGAAAAUGGGCCGUGUACCUUGUACCACUUUUAAAGACUUGUUAAAGGAGCUUAAUGUGGAGUUGAAGGGCCCAUUCAAUUAUUCAGCACGAGAUGUUGCCGGAAUUCCUCGUGACUGGUAUGAUGGAUCUUCUGCAGAUAAGGGGGAUAUGAGUAAGCUUUCGGAGGUCUAUGACAGGCUUGCUUGCAUCGUUUCAAUGGAGAAAGAGAACUCUAGUUUGGAUCGUCAUCCUCGGUAACUUUUUUAUUACUUGUACACAGAAGAGCUGAGCCUCAAAGAAGUAAUUAUUAAAGGGAGCUUUGCUAAACCCAUAUGCAUCUUCACAUUUGAACUUGUGCGGGAUGUUGGACCAUGCAUUGAGUGGGCCCUACAUGCUGAUGACCUGUUUCAAAAUUCUGGCCGAUCAGCUCAACAGGUGAGCCACUUGUAUAGAAACAUAUGGAGGAUAGUUCAGAAAAAUUGCCAUCACUCCCCAUUCAACUAACCAUCUUAUGGGUAGACUUUCCAGACUCUUUUGCCAUGCCAUCUACACAGUUGGGCACACCUGAUUUGUGGCUUGUAUUUUCCAUGUGUGUCUGUGGAUGGGGUUAGUGCAAUCUCGUAAAUAUUUUGGCCAAUAUGGCCACUUCAUUUUCCUUUGUACAGACUACACAGAUCUUAGUAACACAGGUAGCAGUUGCUUUGUAUGACUGGUCAAUUUGUUUGCCCAUUUUGGAA